AUGACAACGAAAAUUCUCAACCCGCUUACUUUGAUUUUAAUAUUUAUCGGCAAUCUUCUCAAGUCCCUUAUCCUUUUGUAUGAAAAAUUUGGCGACUUCCUAUCCGAAGACGAACCAUAUUUUGAAUUCAUUGUGGUAGAUGACUAUGAAGAAGGCGAGAUUAUCGUGACUUCAAACGACAAAGAAAGUGAUUUUAUUUUAGAUGAAAAGAUGGAAGAAGAAUUCUUCUUACCAUUUAACGACUACAGCGACGAUGAACACUACGCAGAAAAAGAUGAAAAAACAGCGCAAGAAACAGAAAAU